CGUCGACAAGGCAAGCCUGAUUUUGCGUUUAAUAGGGGGAGGGAGAGCGAGAGGGAAAAUACAUUUCUGAGUUUAAAUCAAGCGAAAGGAAUCGGAUUAAUAGAGAGACUGGAACACAUCAAUAUUUAAUGCAGCAAAAAUAUAUAACAGAGAGGUUGAUAGCUGGAGCUACAUAUCUGCGAUCUUUUUCCAGUAGGUUCUUCACCAAAUCAGCGUUGAAAGACAUAAGGAAUCAUCUGACACAGAGGCGCUCUCUCCUGGACAGUGUCUGAGUGGAGGUGGUGGAGGUCAGCAGGAUGAAUCGACUGACAGCGGUGCUUCUGCUGCCGUUAUUGGUUAGCAGCACCGUACUGGCCAAUAAAGCCAAUAAGCACAAGCCAUGGAUUGAGACAGAGUACCAGGGGAUCGUGAUGGAGAAUGACAACACUGUGCUGCUGAACCCGCCAUUGUUCGCCCUGGACAAGGAUGCACCCCUGCACUAUGCAGGUGAGGUGUGUGGGUUCCGGGUGCACGGUGGGGGGGGCAGCGUCCCCUUCGAGGCCGUGGUGCUAGACAAGUUGACGGGGGAGGGGCUGAUCCGUGCGAAGGAGCCGCUGGACUGCGAGUCUCAGAGAGAGCACAGCUUCACCAUCCAGGCAUACGACUGUGGAGAGGGACCAGAGGGGACCAACAGCAAGAAAUCACACAAGGCCACAGUGCACGUGCGAGUGAAUGAUGUGAACGAGUUCACCCCAGUGUUCGUGGAGCCCCUGUACCAGGUGUCGGUAAGCGAGAGCCGGCUGUAUGACAGGAUCCUCAGAGUGGAGGCCAUCGAUGCAGACUGCUCCCCGCAGUUCAGCCAGAUCUGCUUCUACGAGAUCCUCACUCCCAACAUGCCCUUCACCAUCGACAACGACGGUAACAUUAAGAACUCGGAGGUUCUUGAUUUCCAUCGGCAGCGGUUAUAUCGCUUCUCCGUGACAGCGUACGACUGCGGCAAGAAGCGUGCAGCGCAGGACAGCGAGGUGCAGAUUGAGGUGAAACCGACUUGCAAACCAGCCUGGAGAGGCUGGUCAAAGCGAAUUGAGUACACCCCUGGCUCUGGCAGUGUCUCACUCUUUCCCAGCAUGCACUUGGAGACUUGCGAGGAGCCGGUUUGGAACAUCCAGGCCACCGUAGAACUGCAGACCAACCACAUCGGCAAGGGCUGUGACCGGGACAGCUACUCCGACCGCUCUGUGAGGCGACUCUGUGGUGCAGUGCGCGGGGAGGUGGACCUUCUCCCGCCCCCUUCCCCCUCCACCAAUUGGACAGCAGGGCUGACCACGGUGCCCUCCCCUGAUUCGUCACUGGUGUUUGUGUUCAAUGGCUCGGAACGGCAGGCGUGCGAGGUGCCCCAGUCCGCGCUGCGUGAGCUUGGCGUGUCAGCCGGAGACCACUUCACUUUGCAGCUGUGGAUGAAACACGCCAGUGGCACCCAGCCGGCACAGCAGCAACACGGCCGGGCCAGGAGAGAAGAAGAGAGUAUCAUCUGUAACACCGUCAGCAACGAUGACUCGUUUUCUCACUACUCUCUCUCGGUGCAUGGCUGUCGUCUGUCCCUCCUGUACUGGCCUCAGCUUGACAACGCCAGACCUGUAAAGUUCCUCUGGAAGCUGGAACAGGUGUGUGAUGAUGACUGGCACCAUUACGCUGUGAAUCUGGAGUUCCCCACAGUCACGCUCUACGUGGACGGAGUGACCUACGACCCUGCGCUCAUCCAUGACAACGGCCUCCUUUGCCCCCCCGUCCCCCGCCCCCGCCUCGUCAUCGGAGCCAGCUGGACAGAAGAAGCUCAGAAGGGAUGCACUAACAUCAGUGAAUCUGAGCGAGAAUCUGCAGCCCCUCGGUUCCAGUCUCAUUUUCGGGGUCUGCUGGCGGGGUUCACUGUGCGGCGGGGUUGUGUGGAGCCCCACAGUGUGAUCGAGUGUCUGUACGCCUGCCGUGAGGGGCUGGACUUUGGGGACCUCGAGUCGCUGGGGUCGGGCAUGAAGGUCCAUGUUAAUCCUACACAGUCCAUGUUGAUUCUUGAAGGCGAUGACAUUGAGAAUUUCAAUCGGGCGAUUCAGCAGGUCACGUAUCGGAACUCUCUGAGGUUCGCGACUCCUGGGGUCCGUCCACUAAGGAUAUCCACAUCGCUCAGGUGUUUCAGUGAGGAGGGUUGUGUUUCAAUUCGUGAUGUCGAGGGGUACCUGGUGGUCCUGCAGCCGGACGCCCCUCAGAUCUUCCUCUCUGGGACGGCUCACUUCUCACGCCCUGCCUUUGAAUUUGAGACCCCCCAGGGGGUGCCCCUCUUCUCUGAGUUGAGGAUUACCUGUUCCCUGUCCCACUCCAUCAACACAGCCAGCCAGAGCAUGGAGGGCGGAGCUCUCAUGUCAGACGCGGUGGCACACACACUUGAUGGCUGUGAGGUGUCUCCAGUGGGGGAGGAGUUGGACCUGCAGAGGGAGGAGCUUAUUCUCGACCCCAAGUCCGUGAGCGAGAGAGGACUGGAACUGAUCAAUAAUACGGCUUACAUUGCAAUAUCAGGUGUGGAGUCAAUCUCAGUGUACGAGGAUCUCUUGCGAUCGCUGCGUUAUCGGAUCUCUGUCGGCGCCAUGCUGUACGAGAGGAAGUUCCGGCUAUCCUGCACAGAGAUGAACGGACACUAUGCCAGCAAUGAGUUCACAGUGGAGGUGAAUUUCCUGCACAGUGUUGACGCUGGUCAGUCGCAUCCCAAUCACUUGCUUUCCUCUCAGCAGUUUAUGCCCCCCUCAAGACACAACCUGCCCCCCGAGCUUGCGGGACACAACCUGGCCAAUGCACACCGCAACUCAGUUGUUCCUGGUGUUGCCACAGUCAUCAUCAUGGUGUGUGUGGGCUUCUUGGCUCUCAUGGUUGUUUUGGGAAUAUUCCGGAUUCGCUCCAUUCACCGCCGAGAAACAAAGGAAAGAAUCUGCGGAGGGAAGGAGGGUGAGAUAGACUGGGACGACUCGGCUCUCACCAUCAUUGUCAACCCAAUGGAGUCCUACGAGUCACAGCACGGAGUCUCUGCUGGGGCUGAGGGUGAGGAGGAGGGAGAGGAGUCUCCGGAAUCACCACCUGGCGAUUCCCCCGAUGACCAGCGAAUCAUCAUCAAGCGCGACGGUCAAGACCACCCCCCUCGGCACUACUGAGAGAGAGGCAGUGAGGAGCAGAGGAGUCUGGGAAACUGUACUGGGCAGCCAUUCCAUCUCUCUCUGUUCCAUAGGCUGGAACAGAGACCUUCUCUAUUCAAAUUACCACUUCAUCUACUUGGGAUUAGGAAACUAUGUCCAGUGGUGGCCAUUUUGGCACUCACUCCUCCACAGCCUAAAAUAGGAGUCUAACUUCAUUACACAGCCAGAAUGGCAUCAGUUUCAUAGCCUCAUCUGCUACUAAACACAUUGUCCUUUAUUUAUUUAUUUAUUUAUUUAUUUAUGUGUAUCAAUAG